CCAAAACGUGAACAGUCGCGACUCGCGGAUUCAGUCGCGAUGGCGGAAGUCGCCGAGCUCAAGCUGCACAAAGUCAUCGGCUACAAUGGAACAUUCAACAACACCGUGCUGUACACAAGGGACGGGCACUUUCUCAUCUACUCGUUGGGUCUCACCGUCGUGCUUCGAGACCUCCGGUCGAAUGCCCAAGGGUUCCUCCACGGCCACACGGACAUUAUCACGUGUUUGACCAUCUCGAACAACGGCCGCCUGCUCGCGUCUGGGCAGCAGAGCAAGAGCCGGGGGAACAAGGCGCCAGUGCUCGUGUGGGACCUGCACGGAGCCAUUGCCGCCAUGACCGAAAAGGCCAAUCAAAGCGAUAAAGUACUAUAUCGCCUUGUCUUGCACAUGGGCAAAGUGCAGGACAUGGCGUUCUCGUCGCAGGACACGUGUCUGUACACAGUCGGUGGCCAGGACGACAACGCCCUCGUGUGCUGGAACAUGGAGACGGGGGAGCCCAUCUGCGGCACCCCCGCCGGCGACGACUCGACGCUGGUCGUGCGGGCAUUCCGAACAGCCAACAACAACGACUUGCUUGUCACAGGCGGCAACUACGCGUUCAACGUGUGGCGCGUGGACCACAAACACCGCAAGUUUCAUCCUCUCCGCGCCAACCUGGGUAACCUGAAGCGUAUCAUGUCGUCGAUUGCGAUCUCCCCCGACGACAAGAUCGCGUACGUCGGGACCAAGACGGGCGACUUGCUCGAGAUCAUCCUCGACUGCGACUUGACCAAGCCCAACUGCGCAUUUCCACCCGUCGGGACUCAAAAGCCCCGGUACAAUCGCACGACAAAGGAGCGGUUCAGCCAGGGCAUCAACACGGUUUUGGUUCACGAGCACAGCCAGCAACGGCUGCUCCUUCUCGGUGCGGGCGAUGGCUCGUUGGUCGUGCUGUUUCCAGGGGCAGCAAACGACCCGAUCAAGUCGACGCCGAUUCCGACCGGCCCCAUUGAGAAGCUUCAAGGCGGCGUCACGGCGCUCAGCGAAGGUCCUCAUGGCCAGUUCUACGUCGGGACGAACCAAAGCAACAUGUACUUGGCCACACUUCCCGAGACCGGCCAGGCGAUCAAGGCGGAGCUGCGUGCGACGUGCCAUUACGGGAGCAUCAACGACGUCGUGUUUCCCAAGGCGCCGUCCAAAGGCGACGAAAUGAACUCCAACUUGUUUGUCACGUGCUCGAAGACAGACAUUCGGGUCUGGAACGCGCGCAAGGCCCAAGAAAUUCUCCGCAUUCAAGUGCCCAACCUCGUGUGCAACUGCGUCGACUUGACUGUCGACGGAAGCGUGAUCGUGAGCGGAUGGGACGAUGGCAAAGUCCGCGCGUUCUACCCCGAGUCGGGCAAACUCAAGUUUGUCAUCCAAGAUGCCCACAACGAAAGCGUCACUGCGAUCGCUGUGUGCCACGACACGGACCACGAGCGCGAGUGGCGCCUCAUCACGGGCGGCAAAGAUGGCCGGGUCCGGGUUUGGCGCAUCACCCCAUCCCGACAAACGAUGGAAGCGUCGAUGAAGGAGCAUCGCGGGCCUGUGAACAGCAUCCAAGUCGUGCGUGAUAACUCGAGCUGCGUGAGUGCGUCGUCCGAUGGCUCGUGCAUUUCGUGGAAUUUGGACAACUUUACGCGUGUGCAAGCCAUGUUUGCGUCGACGGUCUUUCGCCGCAUCCUGUACCACCCCGACGAGUCCCAAAUGCUCACGUGCGGGUCGGACCGCCGCGUGACGUAUUACGACUCGUACGACGGUGAAGCCAUCCGCAUCUUGGAAGAAGCUGCCGAGGGUGAGAUGCUCGCCCUGGACAUCGAACGGAGCGGCAACGUCUUUGUCACAGGGGGGCGCGACAGCACCCUGAAAGUGUGGCACUACGACAACGGCGAGCCGAUUGGGGUCGGAAAAGGCCACAGCGAAGCGAUCAAUGCCGUGAAAAUCAGUCCCGAGCGCAAGCACAUCGUGACGGUCGGCAGCGAGGGCGCCAUCAUGAUUUGGGAAAUGGGGUCGUUGCUGGCCCACAUGAACCAGUAGAUCCCAUUGUGCAUAAUGAAACACAACAGUGCGUGUUGACCAGGAG